AUGGGCUCCAGGCUGGGGGAAGCUGGGCUCUGUCUCUCCUGCGUGGCGACCGUCCUGCUGGCAGUAUCUGCUGCUACCGAGUCCUGGCUCCGGCUCUGGGUCCUGGGCAUUGUCAUUCACCGGGGGCUGUGGAGGGAGUGUGAGCUGUGGGCCUGCAUCCCCCUCCAGGGCCAGCGAGGGUACGUGGGAGCAUCGAGGGGCUGCCUGGUUCUGGCCAUCCUGGCCGGGUACCUCUCUGUGCUGUGUGGGGCCCUGGCACUCACCCCCCGCCCGGCCCCCAGGGGACUUGACUGGGCCCGGGGGGCUGUGGCCCUCUGCUUCCUCACAGGCAUCUUGGCUGCGGUGGCUCUGGGCUGUUUCAUGGGUGGAUCAGCUGGGGAAGCCGGCGGCAGCUGGGCCUGGUCGCUGGUGGUGGGCUGGGCGGCGGUGCCCGCGGCCGGGUUGGCAGGCACCUGCCACUGCCAGGCUCGGCGGAGGGAGCAACGCCAGCACAGUGGCCCAAGAGGAUCGCCCGGCUUGGGAUGA